GCUUUCCAAAGGUAUUGACUGAAGUCCUGUCUGAUCUGCACAACAGGCAACAACGUCAAGAAAGAGAAGCACCCAAAGCAUCCUUAUACCAAGGUCAGAAGAUGUUAUCACAAAAUGUUUUUAAAUUUUUGAUUGCAUCUGCUGCUUCCAAAUCUCUACCACUGAGUCUUUUGUUAAUUGGGAUGGAGGAAUUAGUUGAAGAAAACUUUUUAUGCCCAUGCAGUCCUAGCAUUAAUAAACGUCUAAUGGCAUCCAUCUUCAUUGGACCUUUGCUUUUUACAUUUGCUCUGAUGUAUAUCCUGUUAAGGCCGUUUAAACGUAGAUACUCUAGGGAAGAGGAUACCCGUCGUUCUGCAGGAUCAAAUGAAGUCGUGGAUACUCAUCGUUCUGCAGGAUCAAAUGAAGCAGUGAAUACUCCUCUUUCUGCAGGAUCAAAUGCAUCAGAGGAUACUUGUUUUUUUGCAGGACCAAAUGAACCAGAGGAUACUCGUCGUUCAGCGGGAUCAAACGAUGCCAGAGAUCUCAAAGCUUUUUCACAUUGUCUAAUUCCUUCAGCUUGGUGGAUCAUCGUUUUGUUCCUUGAUGGUGAUUAUCUGGCUUGUGGCUCAACAGAGUGGGAAGGAAGUUAUGUUUUUGAUAGUGACCUAAACAGAAAGUGGUGUCAAACUAAUGACAGUCUACUACGACAUGACUAUCGGGUGUUUAUUGGGGAAUCUCAGUUCUAUGGAUAUGUGAUGCUUGCUGUUUUCAGUGUCUUGAUCCUUAUCAUAGUGGUCAUUUAUGACCACAGGACACCCCCACAUCAAGAGAUACAGGGGGACCACCAAGGCGAGAUGCAUGAUGGGAAUCAAAACAACUGCGCUACUUCAGGACAUCAGCAUAAACAGCAACAUUUUUGAAAAAUCUGUUACAUUGAUGUGCAUAUAAAACAGUUUAAUUGCUUUUUAAUGCUUUUAUUUUAAAGUGUGGAUUUAUGAAGCACACAAGACUGUAUAUUUAGAUGCAAUGUAUAGUAACAGUUUACAAUAAGGUUGCAUUUGUUAACAUUAUUAAAUGUAUUAGCUAAUAUUAACUAUCAAUGGGCAAUAGUUUUCAUUAUUUUUUCAUUAAAGGUGCAUUAAGUGAUUUUUAGAAGGAUCUCUUGACAGAAAUUAAUUUGAGACCUUGGUUUUUUUUUUAAAUAUAUUAUUAAUGAUUUUUUUUAUAUUUCAAGUUAUACUGAUCACUCUCUUUCGCACUAAAUGUUUAUUCUUGUGCGUAUGUGACAUGUGCAACUGCUAUAGAUAGUCUAGAUCAGUGCUUCCCAAACUGUGGGCCACGGACCCCCAGUGGGCUGUAGCGGUACUGCAGGAGGCCUUGGCUAAGUUAAAUCAAAAUAUUAAAAUAAUUAAAGUAUUCUAAUUGUUCUGAAAUGUGAAUGUUUACGUCAUCUUUCACAAGUAAUAUUAAAACUAUUACAUUUCAUCGUAGUUCUCAUAAGUCACAUGAGAUUCUUAAAAACUUGUUAAUAGCCUAAAUGUAGAUAAUUUUGUUUGGGAAGCUCUGUUCUAGAUAUUAAGUCACAUGCAUUAAAUGUUAAAAUGUUGCAUUAUUGGAAAAAGAAGUUUCUA